AUGGAAACCCCUCCCCCUUCCCCUCAAGGCUCUCCUCUCCAAGUUACUCCCUUCGCCAUUCAAGCCCCAAAUCUUGACUCCCCUCCACCCCAAACCACUCUUCCUCCCACUCAACCAUCCACCUACAAAAGGAAAAUCCGGUCCAAGAAAACCUACCCCAUUGCAUCUGCACCCCCUCCCACAAAGCAAAAAGAAUUGCUUGCCACUCCUACUUCCAAGCCUCCACCCAAAAACCCUAGAACUGCGACUUCCAAACAAAAAGGGUCUAGUGCUUUUGCCUCUCACCCGCAAGCCAAGUCGCCCCCCUCAAGCAAGAAGACACCUCCUGUGGCAGCUUUAAAGGACCGUCAUGAUCAUCUUUUCGAUCUCAUUAUAGAGACUAGGGAACAACAGAAAGAGCUGAAAGAGAUGAUGAAGCAGCUAAUGACUUUUCUGGGUAUGCCACCUCCACUUCCAUCACCUCCUUCAGAGCCACGCCUUCAGUAG